AUAAAGCUGAAGCAACGAUACCACUUCCUCUAAUCUAUCGUGGCCAUUUUCAACACGGCUGGCUUCAUUAAAAACACAUUUCCAGACACCCUCACAUUGGGGACCCUUUAUUUUUGCUCAGGUGGAAACUGGAGCCACAAAAAGAGUCAUCCCUCUUUUAUCACAGAUAUCUGGUGCAAAGUGCAGAGUACAACACCUGUGGACUCAAGGCAUCCCUGGCAUAUGGCAGAUGAUCCUGAAAAGCCCAUGAAAAACAUAUUUAAGGGAAUAGUGUAUUGGACUGUGUCAAGAAGAAAAACAUACUAAAAGAAAAUUGUUUACAAGAUCCCAAUCUCCGCACCCCCUCUUCUCAUGAGGCACUGAAGAAGGGAGCCUUUAAAAUGGCCACAGCCGUGCAACCAAAUGAGCUGGUGUUUGAGUUUGCAAGCAAUGUGAUGGAGGAUGAGCAUCAGCUUGGAGACCCUUCUAUUUUUCCAGCUGUCAUUGUUGAGCACAUUCCAAAUGCAGAUCUCCUGCACACCUACUCUGGUCUAACCUGUGUUGAUGAACCAAACCAUAUGAUCACAGAAAACUCAUUGGAUGUAGCAGAGGAACAGAUUAUUGAAGAUGAUGACCUCACUCUUACAGUUGAAACAUCUUGCCUUUCAGUUGAAGCAUCUUGUAACAGUGGCGAUGAGACUAUGGAGACAAUUGAAGCUGCCGAGGCACUACUAAAUAUGGAUUCACCUGAUUCACCUAUGCUGGAUGAAAAAAGGCUUGCUAACAUCUUUGGUUCAGCUGAUGAUGACCUCCUGAUCAGUCCUAUUACCCACGUCUCUGUCACUGUUGAUGGAAUCCCAGAGGUGGUGGAAAUUAACCCGAACUUCUAUGAAGAGAAUCUAGAAUCUAAUUUACAGGAACAACCUAAGAGAAAAAAAGGGAGAAAACCAAGAAAUCCUCGUCCUGAAUCUCCCACCACCCCAAAUAUAUGUGUCAAAAAGAAAAACAAAGAUGGUAAAGGAAAUACAAUUUAUUUGUGGGAGUUUUUGCUGGCUUUGCUUCAAGAUAAAGCAACGUGCCCAAAGUACAUUAAGUGGACACAGAGAGAAAAGGGCAUUUUCAAACUGGUAGACUCGAAAGCUGUUUCCAGACUGUGGGGUAAACAUAAGAACAAGCCUGACAUGAAUUAUGAGACCAUGGGCAGAGCACUCAGGUAUUAUUACCAAAGGGGAAUUUUAGCCAAAGUAGAAGGUCAACGGCUUGUCUAUCAGUUCAAAGAAAUGCCAAAGGAUUUGGUAUAUAUAGAUGAGGAGGACUCUAGCUCCAGUGCAGAAUACUCUGGAAAUUUGUCUUCAGAUUUCUCCUUGCAGCACUCUUCAGUUACAACUCCCACCAGGAACCAAGCACGGGCACCAAAAGGCUCUUCCAACAAUGCAUCAAGGGCCAGCUCAGCCACAGUUCUAAAAAAUGGAUCUUCUAAAUAUUUGAAGUUGAAAGAGGAAAUAGAUCCAGUCCAGCAACAAGUCUCCUUGAUUCCAUCAGAUUUAUUGAGGACAAUUCAAUCUUCUUCAGUAUCACAGCCACACCCAACUCAGCUAUAUCGGACAGUGCAUUUAAUGCAGCCCGGACAAGCAAUUUCAGAACAAGCCAUAACUUGCACAAUUCAAAAUGACAGCUUGCCUGGAGCUCAGACUGUAAGAACUAUACAGUCUCCAGGACAAGUACCAGUUGUGGUCUCUGCAGGAAAUCAGCAGCUGCAUGCAGUAACACUCCAAACAGUGCCUCUCACCACAGUCAUAACAAGCACAGACCCAGUAACGGGAGCAGGGUCACAAAAAUUUAUACUACAAGCCAUGCCUUCAGUUUCGCCUAUGACAAUACUUAAAGAAAACAUGGUGCUACAACCCCAAAGAACAGGUUCGCCGCCUCCAUCAAUUGUCUUGAGCCCAAGCCAGGUACAGCAGGUUCUCAGCGGCAAUGUGCAGAGUCUUUGUAAUGGAACACUCAGUUUGCCUUCAUCUCCAACCUUCAGUGCAAGUACUCCAGUCAUGAGCUUUUCCACCAGCACUUCACCUCUGCUCACCCAGGCUACAGGAACAGUCAUCACAUCUGUAAUCAAGUCUCCUGAAACCAAACAGACACUUCUUCCUGUAUCUACCACUCAAGCUCUGCAGGAGGGAACACCAGAGACUGCUGAGCAGACUGAGCAGAAAUAUCAGCCCCCGUGCGUGUUGGUAGUUGCCAGUCCUAACGGGUUUCCUUCUCCAUUGGAAAUAAAACAAGAAAACGACCAAUGGGCAUUUGAUUCACAAUAACAAAACCAAGCCUUUAUAUUUAAUAUGUAGUUCCAAAUGUGAUAGGUUCUUCCUCAACCGCAUCUAUUUUUUUUUUUAAUUCAAAGCCUCUAUUUUUUGUCUCCCUAUUCUUGUUUCCCAGUAACGUUCAGUAGAUUUUGACUUUCACAUGAGCUUUGUAGGUUUAUCUGGAACAGAAAUCGGGAACAUUCAUUUGAAUAUCGUUUUCUAUACAUAUGUUUCAGACACAAACCGUGAAGGAAUAUAUUUUUUGUCAGUCUUUUACUGUGUUUGUAUCAGCUGUGUAUUCUGUACAUUCUAUGUUGUUAGCAUGUAAAUAAGUGACUUCAGCAUAUCUGUGCUUUAUGGGGGUUGAGCCUUUUGCUUCAUACUCUGUUAUAGAUGACUGCAGGCCAUCUAUAUUUUCUUUAUAUAUACCAAAUGUCCAGAAUGAUCAGAGAAAAGGAAAUUAAAUAUAACAAAGCUGUUGUAAUGCACUGUUGAAAAAAGGCAUUGGAUUUCCUUUUCAGUCGGAUUUGUGACCGUUCAACAACUGAAAUUCAGUUGACUUUACCUUAGCAGUAACUACUGUGCCUUAGUUUGAAUAAAAAGUUGCAUUAAAACAUUACAGGUGUUGCAGACAGAAUAUAAAGAGAUGGGAUACCUUUUUUAUUACAUGUAAAUAUUGUAUAUUAUCUGCAACUCUGAAAAUUUUCUAAAAAAAAUAUAUAAAGGGGCAGUUUGCCUUCACACCACUUAUCAUUUUCAAAUAGUACACCACAAAUAAUGCUUUUUUCCCAAUGUUUUAUAUUAUUUUUAUGAUUUUUCUACUCUCCAGCUUUUGAAAAUGAAUUUGUUUCAUUCCUACUACCUUCGAAAUUGUCUACAUUGAUUGAUACAUUGCUCAGCAGCAUCUGCGAAAUGCCCGCAACAAAUAUAUCGACUGCAACAGUUGCUGUGUGACAGUUUAGUGAAGCUCAGGGAAGCAUGCUCAAAAGGAGCCGAGUCUGGGAUGAAACAAUGAAUGUAUGAAAUGGUAACAGUUUAGAGAGCCGGUAGAAUAAGCCUCGCUGGAUGAGCUGCUACUGGGUAACAGGAGAAAGACAGAUGACAAUUGUAACCAUUUUUAAAACGUAACUUUUAUAAAGAAAAAAAAAAGCUAUUGAAAAAAGUCAUUUUUUGUUGUACUAUUUAAAAAAUAUUACAAUAUUUUGUGAAAGAGAACUGUCCCUUUAAUAAAACAAAUUUCUAUUUCUUAAAAUAGUUUAAGAAAAAAAUCUGAUUUUAUAGCCACAAGAGAUCAGUUAUAUGUUUAGAUUGAAAAUGCUAUAUGUAUAUUGAUAUACAUUGAAUUUGUAUUUAAAAAAAAAAAUUAAAUGUUGGAACACC